UCAAAAAAAAAUGAACAGUCUCCUCGUACUCUCGAUUUUUAUAGGCCUAAGUAUUGGCUUAAGCAACAUGUUGGUGUCAGCAAAAAGCAAAGUCGUGAUAAGCAAUCAACUGGAACACAACAAACUCCUCAAAGUUCAUUGUCACUCAAAAAGCGACGAUCUUGGAGAACAUAUUCUUAAAAUCGGCGAGGAGUAUGAGUUCAGGUUUAACAAUAACAUAUGGUCAUCGACUCUUUUCUGGUGCCGAAUGGAGCAAGGUCCUCAUUAUAGGCACUAUCGGGCUUUUGUGGUGUAUAAGACUUCGUGGAGACACCCUACGUGUAAGUGGAUAGCUGCAGAAAAUGGAAUUUAUCUUUCUCAAGAUGGAAACUCUGCCGUCUACGAAUAUCAAUGGGUAACGAUACCGCCUUCAAUUAUAUGAAUGGGAAGGUCCGCAAUGAUAUGGGUUUUUGUAUUGUUUUGUUCA